AUGAAGGUUUUGGCGGCUACAGUUGCAGUUUCAUCUGCACUUGUCUCUGCUCAUCCGGCGCUACAUCCAGCUAUACGGAGAGACAGCACUUCCGCUGAUAUAAAGCCAACUUCGGAAAUCUCUUUGUAUUACCAAUCGGUCAAUUCCAGCUCCCUUGGUGCUUUGGUCCAGGCCGACUUGCAAAUCCCCUCCGUCGUCCUUGAAAACAUCCAGGACCUGUCAUCUGUGGUCUGUUCUACCGAAAGUGUCACGAUCACAUUUAAUUCCACCACGGCCUAUGAUCAAAGCUACUCGACCUGGCCUCACUCCGACUUGCUUCUUGUCACCAACCAUCUCGGAAACUGCGAUGCUGAGGCAGAGCGCGGACUCUACCAAGUCAGCUCUCUUGCAUUCGAUAACCGCACCCUGACCAUCACCGCCUCAACCACAGAGACAAACCUCCAAACCCAAGCCAAAAAUGUCGCCAUCGCCUUUGGCAGUUCCUUGGCAUCUGGGUCCAGAAAGCGCGAUCUCACAGCCAGUGUGGACCUCGACUGGUCGGGCGAUCUGAUCAACACAACGGCUCUCAAAAUCCAUGCCGGUGAGGCGUCCCUGGAUGCCACCGUCGAUAUCAGCGGCUACAUCCAGUUCAACCUCCUCGCCUUGACGGCCAGCAAGCUCGAGAUUGACAUCGCUCUGGACCUUGCUGCGGCACUGAACCUCACUGUCUCCGCCACCGGCUCGCUCAGCAAAAAUCUAUAUAGCUACACAUGGAGCCCUAUCUCCGUUUCCCCAUUCACAAUCCCCGGGAUCCUGAGCAUCGGACCGAUUCUGGAUGUCGAUGUCGGCGUGGACUUUGGCAUCGGCGGCUCGGCCGACAUUGUCGGGAACAUGUCUGUUUCAAGCAGUGGACUCGUCCAUCUCGACCUCCUCAAUGCUACCGGCAGCUCAGUGUCAGGCCUGUCACCAAAGGCCACGGCUUCAGCGACCAUUUCUGCCUUGGCAGACGUAGACCUGGACCCGUUUGUUGGCGCGGAAGCAGCGGUGGGGAUCACCCUCUUCAAUGGGCUUCUAGACCUCUCGUCCGGAGUGAAGGCCAAGGCAACGGUUGCGAAUGUCUUUACCGUCGAUGCCGAUGUAGGCAUUACCGAGCCCGGAAAUGUCACGCUGAUUUCCGGCACUGGGUCUUGCAGCAAUGGGUACUGGUUCACCAGUGACUUUGUGUUUAAUGCCACUGCAUUUGUGACGGAGUUCUACUCGGUAGACCUCUAUUCCAUGGAUGCUCCCAUUUAUAGCACGUCCUGUAUGCUUUUUUAG